GUUGCAAUAAUUUAACUAUUAAACAACAAAGAAAUAAGGUAUUUACCGAAUCACUCAUUUUAAACUUGUUAUUUGAUGAUGAUAAAGAAAGAGGCUUCUACACUUUGUCCUCCCUCCUACAAGCACACCAAAUAAACAAAUUUUAAUGUACAUAUAUAAUAUAUUUCAAGUGAAUUUCAUCAAAAUUUGUCUAACAAUUCACAAAAAUCCAUCUAAAAAUCACAAAAACCGGCCCCAAGCAUGUGCAAAACAUGACUCGACCAUCGAUCAGGCAGAAAACAAAAAUGACUCGCCAAUGGUUCAAACUUGCUGCGCAGGUGCCUCUACCGGUGCGCGGGCAUGUUCUUUACAGGAUUAAACCGUGUGCUGAGCGGGUUGUCUACCCGCCUCGUCCAUGGAAGGACAUGAGGUCAAAAGGAUAUGACGGCGGGACGGGCAGGUCAAUGACAAGUCUGUCCAUCAGCGCGGACAUGUUGUCUACCCGCCUGUCCACUGACGCGGGCGUGUUGUUUACCCGUGUGUCUUAUGGAUCAAGCAUGUGAAUUACAUGCUCAGCGAGAGGAACGGACUAGUUGUCUACCCAUUUCCUCCAUGGAGAGACAUGUUUUCAACCUGCCUCUCCGACGGCGUGCACACAAUUUCAACCUAUUUGUUCUCGUAAAAUCAAAAAAAAAAUGGAAGAAUGCAGCAUACCUUUGGUCGACUACUUCACUGCCGAGUGUGCCUUGAGGAUGGUCUAGCCGAAUUCAAAUAAAACUCACCAAUAAAGAAGAGAGUAGUUGAGAAUUGUUGUGGUGUGGGAUUUGAUUAGUUUUUUGUUUGAAGUUUCCACUCUUUGUAGCUCUUUGUCUCUACAAAGAGUGGAAAAGUGUAGGACCAUUAUGUCCUACUACAAUAUAUGGGUUUUAAACCCUAAAACCCACCCAAGGGCAUUUUGGUCAUUUUUCAUAUGUUAGGGCGAUAAAUUUAAAUAAUUAGGGCGACAAAUAGGAACACUCCCUGCUGCAUUCUCCAUUGUAGAGAGAGUAAGAGUUCGGUUAUUUGAAUGCUUUGCAGGGAAUGCACGCAACGGUCACGAUUCCGAUCCCAAAACCUUUGCCCUUCUUCCCCCACCACCACCACUUUCUCCCUUCAACGCAAAGCAACUCCAAACAGUUCCCGCGCCGGAUCACAGAUUGAUGAUAUUCCCAACACAACACUUUGCCUCAUGUUUCCUUCAUAAUCCCUCCACAUGAAGGAAGGGCGGAGAACCAAAUCCAUCUCCUCCCCCGCAAAAAUGUCGCCCUCCGCCACCACCAAAAUCCACGUCACCGCCUUGGACGGGAUCGUCAACGUUAACUCGCUCUUCACGCUAGCCCUCUUCCUCGGCCUCUCCCAGCCCAUCUCCAGCUCCGCCGCAUCUCUCGUCACCGACCCGUCCUGCGCCGCUGCCACUUCCACCGGCGAGGACUUCCUCGUCUUCCACGUCUACGCCUUCAGCUCUUUCCUCUUCUCCAGCCUCGUCGCCUUGGCAAUCAAGCAGGCCAUCGUACUCUCUGACAACAGCGCCGCUGAUAUUACUAGCGCUACCAAUUUCGCCGCCGCUGUUGUUGAUAAUGUGCUGGGACCGGGUUACUAUGAGUCGCUGGUUCAUGUCAAUCUCAAGGCCCUGCGGCUGGGGACUUUGAUUUCGGGAUUGGGUUCGAUUUUGGGAUGUGGGUUCUUGACUCUGGCGCUGGUGAACUUGGUGCAGAUCAAAUUGGGGGUUCUGAGUUGUGGGAGUUUGUACACUGUUGCUGCAAUUGCGCCUUUGGUCACUCUGGUCCCCUUGGCGUCCAUUGUCUAUGUUUUCCUUCUGCUUCAUGCCUUCACUCGUUAGGUUUGCCUGCCAGAUAAUCCCUCUUUCAUUCUUGCUUGUUCCUGUAAUCUUGAUCGGAUUUGAUUUACAAUAUUAGCUUUAAACAUGCCAUGUGAAUAUGUAAGCCAUAGCUGGAAUGCAGUGAUAGACAAUUGAUUUCUUAAGCCUUAUGUACGGUCAUUACACGAGCCUCUGUGAGUAGACCGAUGGUGAAAUAAAAAUUGUGCUAUUGC